AUGACCGCUACUGGAGCCGGGUUUAUCGCAAGGGACAUUACAUUUCAAAACUGGGCUGGUCCAGAAAAGCACCAAGCGGUCGCUCUCCGCAUUGGGGCUGACCACGCGGUGAUCUAUCGGUGCAAUAUCAUCGGUUACCAAGAUACGCUCUACGUCCAUUCAAACCGUCAGUUCUUUCGCGAAUGCGAUAUCUACGGUACGGUCGAUUUCAUCUUUGGUAAUGCAGCUGUAGUGCUACAAAACUGUAGCAUCUAUGCACGCAAGCCCAUGGAUCUUCAGAAGAACACGAUCACGGCACAAAACCGGAAAGACCCGAACCAAAACACCGGAAUAUCGAUACAUGCGUCCAGGGUAAUGGCGACACCUGAUCUCCUAGCGACCAACGGUACUAUCCAGACGUAUCUAGGCAGGCCUUGGAAGCUAUUCUCUAGGACGGUUUACAUGUUAUCGUAUAUUGGCAAUCACGUACACACGAGAGGUUGGCUCGAGUGGAACACAACAUUUGCUUUAGAUACUCUAUAUUAUGGAGAGUAUUUGAACACUGGACCCGGGUCGAAUCUUACGCAGCGUGUGAACUGGCCGGGUUAUCGGGUCAUCAAUUCGACGGCUGAGGCAAACCGGUUUACGGUGGCGGAAUUUAUAUACGGCUCGUCGUGGUUGCCUUCGACUGGGGUUUCGUUCUUGGCCGGAUUAAACAUUUAG